GAGCCGGCCGCCGGGGCCGCAGCAUGGGGCGCUUCCGCGGGGGCCUGCGGUGCAUCAAGUACCUGCUGCUCGGCUUCAACCUGCUCUUUUGGCUGGCAGGGUUGGCCGUCAUUGCUUUUGGACUAUGGUUUCGGUUUGGAGGCACCAUAAAAGAUUUAUCAUCAGAGAACAAAUCCCCAGAGUAUUUCUACGUGGGACUGUAUGUGCUGGUUGGAGCCGGGGCCCUGAUGAUGACCGUGGGGUUCUUUGGGUGCUGUGGAGCCAUGCGGGAGUCGCAGUGUGUACUUGCAUCAUUCUUCACCUGCCUACUGGUGAUAUUUGCCGCUGAAGUAACCACUGGAGUAUUUGCUUUUAUAGGCAAGGGUGUAGCUAUACGACAUGUUCAGACCAUGUACGAAGAGGCUUACCAUGAUUACCUUAAAGACAGAGGAAAGGGAAAUGGGACUCUCAUUACCUUCCACUCAACAUUUCAGUGCUGUGGCAAAGAAAGCUCUGAACAGGUCCAGCCCACAUGCCCAAAAGAGCUUCUAAGACACAAGAAUUGCAUUGAUGAAAUUGAGACCAUAAUCAGCAUUAAGCUCCAGCUCAUCGGAAUUGUCGGUAUUGGAAUUGCAGGUCUCACGAUCUUUGGCAUGAUAUUCAGCAUGGUGCUUUGCUGUGCUAUACGAAACUCACGAGAUGUAAUAUGA